UUUGCUUCAUCACACCCAUCAAAAACCUCUUUCACUACAAGAGCAUGAGUUCCCUAGUAAACAUAUUCCUUUCCUCUUUCCUUUCGUUCUCCAUCCUCAUCACCCUCGCCCAUGGAGCCAAAUUCACCGUCCAGAACAAUUGCCCCUACACGGUUUGGGCCGCGUCCGUCCCUAUAGGCGGCGGCAGGCAGCUGGACCGGGGACAGGUCUGGACCAUCAAUGUGAGCCCUGGAACCAAAGGGGCUCGCAUCUGGGCACGUACCAACUGCCAGUUUGACGGGUCUGGCCGGGGAAAGUGUCAGACCGGGGACUGCGGCGGUGUACUCCAAUGCACGGCCUAUGGCCAGCCUCCCAAUACCUUGGCCGAGUACGCGUUGAACCAGUUCGCUGGGAAGGACUUCUUUGACAUCUCCCUAGUGGAUGGUUUCAAUGUUCCGAUGGACUUCAGCCCGACCUCUAACGGCUGUACUCGAGGGAUCAGGUGUACGGCUGAUAUCAACGGCCAGUGCCCGAAUCCACUGAGGGCACCUGGUGGCUGUAACAACCCGUGUACAGUCUUCAAGACAGACCAGUAUUGUUGCAAUUCUGGAAGCUGUGGCCCGACAGACUACUCGAGGUUUUUCAAGCAAAGAUGCCCGGAUGCUUACAGCUAUCCUAAGGAUGACCAGACUAGCACAUUUACAUGCCCCGGCGGGACUAACUACAGGGUUGUAUUCUGCCCUUGAGAGCAGAUCCAUGCCUUAUGUCCUGAAGCAUAGCUCUAGUAAUAAAAUAAACUAGAAUCUAAUAAAGUUUGGUUCAGCGAGAUCUUUGUUUAACCUUGAUAUAUACUCCAACUUUCUUUUGCACGAAAUGAGACUGAAAAAUGUCUGAAUAAACUUUUGACGAUGUCAAUGUUGUAUA